CCUGACACUUGGGAAAAGAAAGUAAAAGAAAGAAAGGAUGGAGGCUGGUGAGUUCGAACGGCUCUCGCCCUCCCGCUUUAUCUCCUUCGCCUUCCCCAACCCCCAACCCGGCGAUCCCUACGCCGAUCCCCUCCGAGUCGCCGUCCUCGACUCACCCCUUCCUGGACCUGCGCCGCCGCCUCGCACAGCCGCGAUGCUCGUCCCCCCCGGCCGCGAGGACGACUGGCUCUUCUGCACUGCCGCCGGACAAAUUCAGCUCCUCAUCUCUUCUUCAGGAGAUCCAUCCAUCUGCCGUCUCAUACUGAUCGGUGGUCAACCCUCGUCGACUCUUCCCAAGUGCUACUCCCGUAACGAGUGGGAUCCCGAUUCGGAUCGUCACCACCGGUUCCAGCAACUCCUCACUCCUCUUCUCCUCGCCCUAUCCCCAAAGUCCUCUUUUAGCGACGGCCUCCCUGAUAUUCCGUUUCUCUCCUUCGAAGACGAUGUUAUUCAUAUAACUCCGGUGGAGAUGUUGGUCGGUCCCUCCGUAGGAGAGAUGCUGGUAGAGGACGUGGUGCUCGAUCGGUCCCAGUCGCCCAAGCUGAGAAGGAGGUUGCGCUUCAAAAGGAUGCCGAAUCUGGUACAGUCCCAAGUGCAUCUUCUUCCCGAUUCCUCUUCUUCUUCCAGAUUUGGGUCAUUUAUGCCGGAGAAAGGAUCGUUGGUACAACCGUAUCUCAGGCCUAUGGUUGCUAGUCUCUCUCUGAUUUCUCCGGCGGUCGAUCUACAGGUCCAGUCUGGUUUGAUGCCACGGGUUCUAUGUGUCGGGGUGGGUGGCGGAGCUCUACUUAUGUCUCUGAGAUUAAAAUUUGGUUUCGAUGUCUUGGGAAUCGAGGCCGAUGAGCUAGUUCUUGAUGUCGCUAAGCGGCAUUUUGGGUUGACUGAAGACGAUUUCCUUAAAGUUGGUCUUGGUGAUGGGCUUGCAUGUAUCAAAUAUUUAAGCAUUUUGCAGACUGGAAAGAUUGAAGACGUGAAAAAUGGUGAAAUUAGUCUGGAACUGGUGAAAUUGCUGAGAAGAUAUUCUUCUGGAUUUGAUGUCGUAAUGGUGGAUUUGGAUUCAGAAGAUGCCAGCAAUUGUGUCUUUGCUCCUCCUUUGGAGUUUGUUGAGAAAGGUGUUCUUAUGGCUUUGCGAACCAUAAUUAAGGAGCAUGGAGUUGUGACAGUAAACGUUGUUCCGUCCUGCAUGUCCUUUUACAAGCAAAUGAUUGAUGAUUUUGGUAGUUUUUUUUCUGAAGUGUAUGAAAUAGAUGUUGGCAACGGAGAGAACUAUGUCCUUGUUGCGACAGCCUCACCUGUUGAUAUUCUUGAAAGAAAUUCAGAGGAUCCUUUUUUCAAAGAGUUGAAGGAAGUAGUUGGACAAAAGAAGUGGAGUUCAGAAAGAGUUUACAGAUGCUUCUUGAGGAUGUUUCCAACUAUCUCUAGAGCUUGGCUAACACGUGUUGCAGUUUGGCUGCUACAACGGCUCAUUUGUAAAUGAUGUGUGCUAACUUGUUCUGGAAUUACCAUGAUUAUCAUUUGUUGUUCAAUAGAGAAAUUUAGUUAUCGUUCUCUCUCGAUGGGUUGAUGGAAGCUAUUUUUAAUUCUCUUUUGUUCAGUAUUUUUGACAAUAUUUGCUGUUAUAUUGAACAGUUGAUAAGGUCAUUAGGUAAAGAAUACCAUCAAGCUCAAUCACUUUCUGAGUUAGGAGCCAAGAAGCCACCAGAAUGCUACAUCGAUUCUAAACCGUCAACUGAGCAAUGUAUGGUAAAAUGAAUUUCUAGCUCAUAUCAAACAAUACUUGUUCCAUUCUGAUCCUUAUGGUCUGUGAUCAUAGUCUAAUUUGUCUUUUGUAAAAGAAAAAACAGUUUCUCAUAUGCCUUAGUAAAUUAUAAACUGAAAUUGUGCCA